AUGGCCGACGACGGACUGAACAUCUAUGAUGAGAUCGAGAUCGAGGAUAUGACCUUCGACCCGAAUAUCCAGAUCUACACAUACCCUUGUCCAUGUGGCGACCGCUUCGAGAUCGCGAUCGACGAUUUGCGCGACGGCGAAGAGAUCGCCGUGUGUCCCAGUUGCAGUCUAAUGAUCCGGGUUAUCUUCGACUUGGCCGAUCUUCCCAAAGCUGAUUGA